AUCCCAUCGGAUCGGCACAAUCGUGUAUUGACUUCUACAUGAGACAAGAUCACGGACCUGUGUGGGAGAACCCAAAGCAGAGCAGAGUUGAAGAGUACAUCUUCAUGGGUCAAACAUGGACGUAUGAACUGGUUGCAAAGGAUAUGAAUCUAGCUGACAACAUCACCAUCACGCCGAUUGGUUUGCCGUCGGGAGCUGCUGUAACGCCUGUGUAUCGGGAUUCAAACUCACAAUCUAAUAUUGUUUCGAUGAAUGUGACUUGGGUGCCUCCUCCAAAGUCAGGCGGGGAAGUACGCGACUUCUGCUUCCAGGCAUCUGAUUACCUCAACGGCAAGAACGGAGGAGGUUCCUCACAGGUUUGCUUUGAACUGAGGAUACCAAAGUGUCUUUACAUGGUGAGGACUGGGGAUACUCUUAAAUCGAUUGCAGCAAACUUCAGCACGAGUUGGCUGCAACUGUGGGCGCUGAACAAGGGUAUCUCGAAGCCAGAAGGCUAUGGACUUGAGGGGGGGAUCACUGCCGGGCAGCUAAUCAACGUCGGUCAGCUCGUGCUCAUCAAUCCGGGUGAUACUCUGGAGAAGCUCGCGGCGAAAUUUGGUACGACCAUGCGGCUCAUCCUGGACAUGAACCAGGACAUUACACCCUUACAACCGUUGGUGGUUGGGCAGCACGUAUGCGUCAUCCCCAGCAGCUGUGCAGAGAGGGCUCUGUAAUUGUUGUUGUCUC